AUGUCGUGCUGCUCGACGAACUCAUCGCUGUCGGACUUUCAAAAUUUGCCGCGCUGCCCGAAUCGAGUCGGUUCGAUCACGAUGAUCAUUGGUCCGAUGUUCAGCGGCAAAACCACCGAACUUCUCCGAUUGCACGAGCGUCAGAUAAUCGCGAAACGCAAUUGCGUUCUAGUCAAAUACGCCGGCGACACACGAUAUGAUCCGGAUCUUGUCGCGACGCAUACCAAACGGACCGGCGACGCGCAUACAGUCAAAGCUCAUCGCCUCGCCGAGGUCUAUGAGGACAUUUUCGACAAAAAUGUGCAAGUGGUUUCGAUAGACGAAGGCCAAUUUUUUGAUGAUCUUGCCGAAACUUGUGAGCAACUUGCAAAGCGCGGAAAAGUCGUCUGCGUCGCCGUGUUGAAUGGGACCUUCGAGCGAAAGCCGUUUCCGCAAGUCUCUCUACUCAUUCCAUACGCCAAUGAAAUCAAACAGGUGACGGCGAUUUGCGUCGAGUGCGGCGCCGAAGCCCACUUCUCAUUCCGCUCGACGAUGGACAAGAAGAUCGAGGUGAUCGGCGGCGCCGAUACGUAUUCAGCGUUAUGUCGCGAGUGCUACAUGCUCAAGAGUUUUGAGAAAGACGCCGACGAGAAACGACACGAGAUGGCGUCGAAGGAUGAGAACGAGAAUGGCGGAAUAAUGCUGAAGGCGAUGGAAUCGGAUCAAUCCGAUGGAACAUCGUCGCCGCCGAGAAAGAAGCUCAUCUUGAGCAAAUCGGCUGUUCCAGAAGCUUAUUAA